UCUCUGUUUCUGUCUAGCAGGAAAAUCAAGUCUUACAGUUGUUAUCGACAUUGACUCUGGACUGAGUCCCACAGUUGUUAUCGACAUUGACUCUGCAGCAAGUCCCACAAUGGAUAAGAACUUUGACUCUGCAGUGCACUCCACCGCAGAUGAGGGCUUUGAAUCUGCUGUGAGUCCCACUGCAUAUGAGGACAUUGACUGUACUGAGAGUCCAGCAGCAGAAAACAAUAUUGACUGUACAGUGAGUCCCACUGCAGAUGAGGGUAUUCAUUCUGAAGUGAGUCCAGCAGCAGGUGGGGACAUUGACUGUACUGAGAGUACAGUAGCAGAAAAGGAUGUUGACUGUACAGUGAGUCCCACUGCAGAUGAGGACAUUGACUGUACUGUGAGUCCUACUGCAGAAAAGGAUGUUGACUGUACAGUGAGUCUCACUGCAUAUGAGGACAUUGACUGUGCUGAGAGUCCAGCACCAGGAAAUAAUACUGACUGUACAGUGAGUCCCACUGCAGAUGAGGACAUUGAUUCUGCAGUGGGUCCCACAGAAGAUGACCUCACUGAUUCAGUUCCGACAGAAGUGCCUUACAAAGAUGAUAUUGCCUGGCGGUACAAACUCUGCGACAAGCUGGGUGAAGGAGGAUUUGGCUCAGUGUAUGAAGGGAUUUGCUACAAAGAUGGUCUUGAGGGGCUGGUACCACGCAAAAACAUCAACAGUGUUUUCACUAGGGGUGCUCGCUCCUGUUCACAAUGCUGCAUGGACAUUUUCCAACAGCCUUCGACAUGUACCUCAUCAACAAUGACUGGUCCAAAUUUGUCUUCUCACAAGAAUGCUGUCAUUUGAUGUGGGCUUGUCUGCAGCGUCAUCCAGAGCACAGACUUCUUCUGGAGCAUACGCAUUGCCAUGACUGGUUUUUGUUGGUUUAGCCUGAUCAGUCAUGUAAUCAGAAUGCAUUAGCAGAAAAACUGAAAACAACUCUGUCACGGCCACCUUUUUGUUUUCUCACUUAAAGGUGCCAUCGAACAUUUUUUUUUUACAAGAUGUAAUAUAAGUCUAAGGUGUCCCCUGAAUGUGUCUGUGAAGUUUCAGCUCAAAAUACUCCAUAGAUGU